AUGACAUUGUUUGAAAUGAAUAAUCAAACAGACAUCACUGAAUUUAUCUUCUUAGGAUUUUCCAACCACCCCAAACUACAGGGCUUGUUCUUCCUGAUCUUCCUGGUCAUUUACCUGACAGCUCUCCUGGGGAACAUGCUUAUAAUAACAGCCACUAGGGUCAGUCCUGCUCUCCACACUCCAAUGUAUUAUUUUCUCAGCAACCUGAGUUUCUUGGACAUCUGCUACAUGUCCACCACCAUCCCGGUCACGCUGGUGAACUUCUUCCGGGAGAAGAAGACCAUCUCAUACAAAGGCUGCCUCUCCCAGAUUUUCUUCCUCGUGACAUGUGCUGGCACUGAAUGUGUCUUAUUGGCUGCUAUGGCUUAUGACCGCUACAUAGCCAUUUGCCAUCCUCUUCAAUAUCCAGUCCUCAUGAAUGUGAAGGUCACUGUGUUUUUGGUGACUGGGUCCUGGCUGUGUGGCCUGCUAAAUUCUAUGACACACACAGUGCUGGCAGCCACACUCACUCUGUGUGGGUCCAACCAGAUCAGUCACUUUCUGUGUGACAUCCCAUUGCUCCUAAAGCUCUCCUGCUCAGAUACUUUUCUCAAUGAGUCUGUGCUCCAUGUGGCCAGUGCCACCAUUGGCCUGAGCCCCUGUCUGUUUACUGCAGUGUCCUACACGCUCAUCAUCUCUGCCAUCCUUAGGAUUCCCUCUGCUCAGGGCAGGAGCAAGGCCUUCUCUAACUGUGCAUCCCACAUCACUGUGGUGGUGGUCUUCUUUGGAACAGCCAACUUCAACUAUGACAGACCCAAUGUAGGCUACAACCUGGACAUGGACAUUCUGGUCUCUGUGCUCUUCUGUGUUGUGACCCCCAUGUUGAACCCCAUCAUCUACAGCCUGAGAAACAAGGAGGUCAAAGGGUACCUAAGGAAGCUGACUAGAGACUGUGGGUUCUCUAGUGAGAUCAGCGAUUAG